AUGGAGGAAGAUCCCCAUCAAGGGGCCUCAAAGGCCGUCUCGGAAAUCGUCCGCUCGGAACGGGACGAGGCGUUUCCCCAAUAUGUCGAACAUUUCAAGGGACAAGGCUCGAGUUCCCAAACGCGAAAUGUUAAUCCGUCGGAACAAGGAUUCGCUGAAGAAUUCGUUUCCGAAUCAAAACGACCAAAAUUCGAGAUGAUUGGCGAGUUGGGCGACUCGCUCUUGGUCAAAAACGAAUCCAUCUCGGGCAAGAUGGAUCGUCCAUUCAAAGCGGAUCUUCUCUUGGGUGACACAUCCGCACAAUUUGUUGGUCUUUUGGGCGAAAGGACCGACUCGAAGGCAACUAGUGCCUCUCAAAUCAGCCACUUCGAAUCAGCCACUUCGACUUGGGUUCGACAACAGGAGAACGCAUUGGGCGAUGCGUUUUCUGCUAAUCCCAAAAACGAAGAGGCAACGAUUGGAACUUAUGAAACUGACCCGUUCAAUACUCCUGGGCGCCGGGUCACUGAGGUCACGUUAAACAUCUUUUUGUCACGCGGAGGGAAAAAUUAUGCCGUUGGCCCAUCGACGAUGGACGACGAUUGGGAGCAAGACCGUUACUCAGAGUCGGAUGCGUGGAAGUCGAGUAGUGAGGUCCAAGCCUUCUCCGACUCGGAAGACGACGAUGAGGAGAGAUCGCUCUCGAUGGAGGUCAUUGGCAGGGAAACGAUCGAAGCUUUGGAGGUCUCUGAAGACGAAAAAGCAGCAACUCCGACAAAGGAAUGCGGCUUUGAGGCAGCUGUCGCCGAGAAAGCGAUUCGUGAAAUCGAACCCCUUCAAAUCAUCACUGAUCGGGAAAUGCUUCAAGAAUCCGGGAUCUCGAUGCAAACCGCGAACUCUGAAAACCCCUCAACUGUGGCCUCUUCGGCUAACUCCGAAGGUGGUUGGGAGCUCAUCCAGGACAAUAUGACGGCCAGUGUGCACUCGGAUGAAACAAGCAGCCAGCCAAGCUUCGUCCACUCUGAAGUUUGGGAUGAUCCAGCCACCAUUGCUGAAGAACAAGCCGCGCUAACUGACCUCUUAUUGAUGGCAAAAAGUGAUCCGCUUUUUGACUCCGAGAAAACAACACCGGGUGAUGUGGCCGGUUUGGGGGAGAAUCUUGUCUUAUCAAGGGAUAAGGAUUUUCAUCGAUCAAACGAAAGUGUCGAGACACUUGAAGAUAACAAUGACAUCCAUGAUGCUUUGACCGAGACAGACGAGAGUCGAUAUGCUGAACUGCUAAAGACCCCAACGAAGAAUCAAGAGCAAUCGUUCUUGUUCGAAACUGCAAACGGACUCGCGAAAGAAUCUGAGAUCCAGAAGACGUUAGAAAGGCAAAGCAAAAAUGCCCCAGUCUCCGAUAACGCUGCUCCAGUUCCCGAAGAGACUGUCUUCGCGCAAGUGAUUGCUGCCGUCGAACAAGUUCUCGAGCAACAACAAGAAGUUGUGUCCGAAGAGAAACCAGCCGAAGAAGUGCCAGCUGUGGUUGAAGAGAUUGCUCCGAUCACCGAAGAGAAGCCAGCUGAGGAACCAGUUGCUGAUGAGGCUGCUCCAGUCUCUGAAGAGGCUGCUCCAGUUGCUGAAGAGACCGUCCUCGAGCAAGUGAUUGCUGCCGUCGAACAAGUUCUCGAGCAACAACAAGAAGUUGUGUCCGAAGAGAAACCAGCCGAAGAAGUGCCAGCUGUGGUGGAAGAGAUUGCUCCGAUCACCGAAGAGAAGCCAGCUGAGGAACCAGUUGCUGAUGAGGCUGCUCCAGUUGCUGAAGAGACUGUCCUCGAGCAAGUGAUUGCUGCCGUCGAACAAGUUCUCGAGCAACAACAAGAAGUUGUGUCCGAAGAGAAACCAGCCGAAGAAGUGCCAGCUGUGGUUGAAGAGAUUGCUCCGAUCACCGAAGAGAAGCCAGCUGAGGAACCAGUUGCUGAUGAGGCUGCUCCAGUUGCUGAAGAGACUGUCCUCGAGCAAGUGAUUGCCGCAGUCGAACAAGUUCUCGAGCAACAACAAGAAGUUGUGUCCGAAGAGAAACCAGCCGAAGAAGUGCCAGCUGUGGUUGAAGAGAUUGCUCCGAUCACCGAAGAGAAGCCAGCUGAGGAACCAGUUGCUGAUGAGGCUGCUCCAGUUGCUGAAGAGACUGUCCUCGAGCAAGUGAUUGCCGCGGUCGAACAAGUUCUCGAGCAACAACAAGAAGUUGUGUCCGAAGAGAAACCAGCCGAAGAAGUGCCAGCUGUGGUUGAAGAGAUUGCUCCGAUCACCGAAGAGAAGCCAGCUGAGGAACCAGUUGCUGAAGAGACUGUCCUCGAGCAAGUGAUUGCUGCCGUCGAACAAGUUCUCGAGCAACAACAAGAAGUUGUGUCCGAAGAGAAACCAGCCGAAGAAGUGCCAGCUGUGGUUGAAGAGAUUGCUCCGAUCACCGAAGAGAAGCCAGCUGAGGAACCAGUUGCUGAUGAGGCUGCUCCACAAGUGAUUGCUGCCGUCGAACAAGUUCUCGAGCAACAACAAGAAGUUGUGUCCGAAGAGAAACCAGCCGAAGAAGUGCCAGCUGUGGUUGAAGAGAUUGCUCCGAUCACCGAAGAGAAGCCAGCUGAGGAACCAGUUGCUGAUGAGGCUGCUCCAGUCUCUGAAGAGGCUGCUCCAGUUGCUGAAGAGACUGUCCUCGAGCAAGUGAUUGCUGCCGUCGAACAAGUUCUCGAGCAACAACAAGAAGUUGUGUCCGAAGAGAAACCAGCCGAAGAAGUGCCAGCUGUGGUUGAAGAGAUUGCUCCGAUCACCGAAGAGAAGCCAGCUGAGGAACCAGUUGCUGAUGAGGCUGCUCCAGUCGCUGAAGAGGCUGCUCCAGUUGCUGAAGAGACUGUCCUCGAGCAAGUGAUUGCUGCCGUCGAACAAGUUCUCGAGCAACAACAAGAAGUUGUGUCCGAAGAGAAACCAGCCGAAGAAGUGCCAGCUGUGGUUGAAGAGAUUGCUCCGAUCACCGAAGAGAAGCCAGCUGAGGAACCAGUUGCUGAUGAGGCUGCUCCAGUUGCUGAAGAGAACUGUCCUCGAGCAAAGACUGUCCUCGAGCAAGUGAUUGCUGCCGUCGAACAAGUUCUCGAGCAACAACAAGAAGUUGUGUCCGAAGAGAAACCAGCCGAAGAAGUGCCAGCUGUGGUGGAAGAGAUUGCUCCGAUCACCGAAGAGAAGCCAGCUGAGGAACCAGUUGCUGAUGAGGCUGCUCCAGUUGCUGAAGAGACUGUCCUCGAGCAAGUGAUUGCUGCCGUCGAACAAGUUCUCGAGCAACAACAAGAAGUUGUGUCCGAAGAGAAACCAGCCGAAGAAGUGCCAGCUGUGGUUGAAGAGAUUGCUCCGAUCACCGAAGAGAAGCCAGCUGAGGAACCAGUUGCUGAUGAGGCUGCUCCAGUCUCUGAAGAGGCUGCUCCAGUUGCUGAAGAGACUGUCCUCGAGCAAGUGAUUGCCGCAGUCGAACAAGUUCUCGAGCAACAACAAGAAGUUGUGUCCGAAGAGAAACCAGCCGAAGAAGUGCCAGCUGUGGUUGAAGAGAUUGCUCCGAUCACCGAAGAGAAGCCAGCUGAGGAACCAGUUGCUGAUGAGGCUGCUCCAGUUGCUGAAGAGACUGUCCUCGAGCAAGUGAUUGCCGCGGUCGAACAAGUUCUCGAGCAACAACAAGAAGUUGUGUCCGAAGAGAAACCAGCCGAAGAAGUGCCAGCUGUGGUUGAAGAGAUUGCUCCGAUCACCGAAGAGAAGCCAGCUGAGGAACCAGUUGCUGAUGAGGCUGCUCCAGUCGCUGAAGAGGCUGCUCCAGUUGCUGAAGAGACUGUCCUCGAGCAAGUGAUUGCCGCGGUCGAACAAGUUCUCGAGCAACAACAAGAAGUUGUGUCCGAAGAGAAACCAGCCGAAGAAGUGCCAGCUGUGGUGGAAGAGAUUGCUCCGAUCACCGAAGAGAAGCCAGCUGAGGAACCAGUUGCUGAUGAGGCUGCUCCAGUUGCUGAAGAGACUGUCCUCGAGCAAGUGAUUGCUGCCGUCGAACAAGUUCUCGAGCAACAACAAGAAGUUGUGUCCGAAGAGAAACCAGCCGAAGAAGUGCCAGCUGUGGUGGAAGAGAUUGCUCCGAUCACCGAAGAGAAGCCAGCUGAGGAACCAGUUGCUGAUGAGGCUGCUCCAGUUGCUGAAGAGACUGUCCUCGAGCAAGUGAUUGCUGCCGUCGAACAAGUUCUCGAGCAACAACAAGAAGUUGUGUCCGAAGAGAAACCAGCCGAAGAAGUGCCAGCUGUGGUUGAAGAGAUUGCUCCGAUCACCGAAGAGAAGCCAGCUGAGGAACCAGUUGCUGAUGAGGCUGCUCCAGUUGCUGAAGAGACUGUCCUCGAGCAAGUGAUUGCCGCAGUCGAACAAGUUCUCGAGCAACAACAAGAAGUUGUGUCCGAAGAGAAACCAGCCGAAGAAGUGCCAGCUGUGGUUGAAGAGAUUGCUCCGAUCACCGAAGAGAAGCCAGCUGAGGAACCAGUUGCUGAUGAGGCUGCCUCUGAAGAGUGUCCAGUUGCUGAAGAGACUGUCCUCGAGCAAGUGAUUGCCGCCGUCGAACAAGUUCUCGAGCAACAACAAGAAGUUGUGUCCGAAGAGAAACCAGCCGAAGAAGUGCCAGCUGUGGUUGAAGAGAUUGCUCCGAUCACCGAAGAGAAGCCAGCUGAGGAACCAGUUGCUGAUGAGGCUGCUCCAGUUGCUGAAGAGACUGUCCUCGAGCAAGUGAUUGCUGCCGUCGAACAAGUUCUCGAGCAACAACAAGAAGUUGUGUCCGAAGAGAAACCAGCCGAAGAAGUGCCAGCUGUGGUUGAAGAGAUUGCUCCGAUCACCGAAGAGAAGCCAGCUGAGGAACCAGUUGCUGAUGAGGCUGCUCCAGUUGCUGAAGAGACUGUCCUCGAGCAAGUGAUUGCUGCCGUCGAACAAGUUCUCGAGCAACAACAAGAAGUUGUGUCCGAAGAGAAACCAGCCGAAGAAGUGCCAGCUGUGGUUGAAGAGAUUGCUCCGAUCACCGAAGAGAAGCCAGCUGAGGAACCAGUUGCUGAUGAGGCUGCUCCACAAGUGAUUGCCGCAGUCGAACAAGUUCUCGAGCAACAACAAGAAGUUGUGUCCGAAGAGAAACCAGCCGAAGAAGUGCCAGCUGUGGUUGAAGAGAUUGCUCCGAUCACCGAAGAGAAGCCAGCUGAGGAACCAGUUGCUGAUGAGGCUGCUCCAGUUGCUGAAGAGACUGUCCUCGAGCAAGUGAUUGCUGCCGUCGAACAAGUUCUCGAGCAACAACAAGAAGUUGUGUCCGAAGAGAAACCAGCCGAAGAAGUGCCAGCUGUGGUUGAAGAGAUUGCUCCGAUCACCGAAGAGAAGCCAGCUGAGGAACCAGUUGCUGAAGAGACUGUCCUCGAGCAAGUGAUUGCUGCCGUCGAACAAGUUCUCGAGCAACAACAAGAAGUUGUGUCCGAAGAGAAACCAGCCGAAGAAGUGCCAGCUGUGGUUGAAGAGAUUGCUCCGAUCACCGAAGAGAAGCCAGCUGAGGAACCAGUUGCUGAUGAGGCUGCUCCAGUUGCUGAAGAGACUGUCCUCGAGCAAGUGAUUGCUGCCGUCGAACAAGUUCUCGAGCAACAACAAGAAGUUGUGUCCGAAGAGAAACCAGCCGAAGAAGUGCCAGCUGUGGUUGAAGAGAUUGCUCCGAUCACCGAAGAGAAGCCAGCUGAGGAACCAGUUGCUGAUGAGGCUGCUCCAGUUGCUGAAGAGACUGUCCUCGAGCAAGUGAUUGCCGCCGUCGAACAAGUUCUCGAGCAACAACAAGAAGUUGUGUCCGAAGAGAAACCAGCCGAAGAAGUGCCAGCUGUGGUUGAAGAGAUUGCUCCGAUCACCGAAGAGAAGCCAGCUGAGGAACCAGUUGCUGAUGAGGCUGCUCCUGGGCUGCCAGUUGCUGAAGAGACUGUCCUCGAGCAAGUGAUUGCUGCCGUCGAACAAGUUCUCGAGCAACAACAAGAAGUUGUGUCCGAAGAGAAACCAGCCGAAGAAGUGCCAGCUGUGGUUGAAGAGAUUGCUCCGAUCACCGAAGAGAAGCCAGCUGAGGAACCAGUUGCUGAUGAGGCCGCUCCAGUCUCUGAAGAGGCUGCUCCAGUUGCUGAAGAGACUGUCCUCGAGCAAGUGAUUGCCGCAGUCGAACAAGUUCUCGAGCAACAACAAGAAGUUGUGUCCGAAGAGAAACCAGCCGAAGAAGUGCCAGCUGUGGUUGAAGAGAUUGCUCCGAUCACCGAAGAGAAGCCAGCUGAGGAACCAGUUGCUGAUGAGGCUGCUCCAGUUGCUGAAGAGACUGUCCUCGAGCAAGUGAUUGCCGCAGUCGAACAAGUUCUCGAGCAACAACAAGAAGUUGUGUCCGAAGAGAAACCAGCCGAAGAAGUGCCAGCUGUGGUUGAAGAGAUUGCUCCGAUCACCGAAGAGAAGCCAGCUGAGGAACCAGUUGCUGAUGAGGCUGCUCCAGUCUCUGAAGAGGCUGCUCCAGUUGCUGAAGAGACUGUCCUCGAGCAAGUGAUUGCCGCCGUCGAACAAGUUCUCGAGCAACAACAAGAAGUUGUGUCCGAAGAGAAACCAGCCGAAGAAGUGCCAGCUGUGGUUGAAGAGAUUGCUCCGAUCACCGAAGAGAAGCCAGCUGAGGAACCAGUUGCUGAUGAGGCUGCUCCAGUUGCUGAAGAGACUGUCCUCGAGCAAGUGAUUGCUGCCGUCGAACAAGUUCUCGAGCAACAACAAGAAGUUGUGUCCGAAGAGAAACCAGCCGAAGAAGUGCCAGCUGUGGUUGAAGAGAUUGCUCCGAUCACCGAAGAGAAGCCAGCUGAGGAACCAGUUGCUGAUGAGGCUGCUCCAGUCUCUGAAGAGGCUGCUCCAGUUGCUGAAGAGACUGUCCUCGAGCAAGUGAUUGCUGCCGUCGAACAAGUUCUCGAGCAACAACAAGAAGUUGUGUCCGAAGAGAAACCAGCCGAAGAAGUGCCAGCUGUGGUUGAAGAGAUUGCUCCGAUCACCGAAGAGAAGCCAGCUGAGGAACCAGUUGCUGAUGAGGCUGCUCCAGUUGCUGAAGAGACUGUCCUCGAGCAAGUGAUUGCUGCCGUCGAACAAGUUCUCGAGCAACAACAAGAAGUUGUUCCUCCUGCUGAAGAGACUGUCCUCGAGCAAGUGAUUGCCGCAGUCGAACAAGUUCUCGAGCAACAACAAGAAGUUGUGUCCGAAGAGAAACCAGCCGAAGAAGUGCCAGCUGUGGUGGAAGAGAUUGCUCCGAUCACCGAAGAGAAGCCAGCUGAGGAACCAGUUGCUGAUGAGGCUGCUCCAGUUGCUGAAGAGACUGUCCUCGAGCAAGUGAUUGCCGCCGUCGAACAAGUUCUCGAGCAACAACAAGAAGUUGUGUCCGAAGAGAAACCAGCCGAAGAAGUGCCAGCUGUGGUGGAAGAGAUUGCUCCGAUCACCGAAGAGAAGCCAGCUGAGGAACCAGUUGCUGAUGAGGCUGCUCCAGUUGCUGAAGAGACUGUCCUCGAGCAAGUGAUUGCUGCCGUCGAACAAGUUCUCGAGCAACAACAAGAAGUUGUGUCCGAAGAGAAACCAGCCGAAGAAGUGCCAGCUGUGUCUCUGAAGAGGCGCCCCGUUGCUGAAGAGACUGUCCUCGAGCAAGUGAUUGCUGCCGUCGAACAAGUUCUCGAGCAACAACAAGAAGUUGUGUCCGAAGAGAAACCAGCCGAAGAAGUGCCAGCUGUGGUUGAAGAGAUUGCUCCGAUCACCGAAGAGAAGCCAGCUGAGGAACCAGUUGCUGAUGAGGCUGCUCCAGUUGCUGAAGAGACUGUCCUCGAGCAAGUGAUUGCCGCCGUCGAACAAGUUCUCGAGCAACAACAAGAAGUUGUGUCCGAGGAGAAACCAGCCGAAGAAGUGCCAGCUGUGGUUGAAGAGAUUGCUCCGAUCACCGAAGAGAAGCCAGCUGAGGAACCAGUUGCUGAUGAGGCUGCUCCAGUUGCUGAAGAGACUGUCCUCGAGCAAGUGAUUGCCGCGGUCGAACAAGUUCUCGAGCAACAACAAGAAGUUGUGUCCGAAGAGAAACCAGCCGAAGAAGUGCCAGCUGUGGUUGAAGAGAUUGCUCCGAUCACCGAAGAGAAGCCAGCUGAGGAACCAGUUGCUGAUGAGGCUGCUCCAGUUGCUGAAGAGACUGUCCUCGAGCAAGUGAUUGCCGCGGUCGAACAAGUUCUCGAGCAACAACAAGAAGUUGUGUCCGAAGAGAAACCAGCCGAAGAAGUGCCAGCUGUGGUUGAAGAGAUUGCUCCGAUCACCGAAGAGAAGCCAGCUGAGGAACCAGUUGCUGAUGAGGCUGCUCCAGUUGCUGAAGAGACUGUCCUCGAGCAAGUGAUUGCCGCAGUCGAACAAGUUCUCGAGCAACAACAAGAAGUUGUGUCCGAGGAGAAACCAGCCGAAGAAGUGCCAGCUGUGGUUGAAGAGAUUGCUCCGAUCACCGAAGAGAAGCCAGCUGAGGAACCAGUUGCUGAUGAGGCUGCUCCAGUCUCUGAAGAGGCUGCUCCAGUUGCUGAAGAGACUGUCCUCGAGCAAGUGAUUGCCGCAGUCGAACAAGUUCUCGAGCAACAACAAGAAGUUGUGUCCGAGGAGAAACCAGCCGAAGAAGUGCCAGCUGUGGUGGAAGAGAUUGCUCCGAUCACCGAAGAGAAGCCAGCUGAGGAACCAGUUGCUGAUGAGGCUGCUCCAGUUGCUGAAGAGACUGUCCUCGAGCAAGUGAUUGCUGCCGUCGAACAAGUUCUCGAGCAACAACAAGAAGUUGUGUCCGAGGAGAAACCAGCCGAAGAAGUGCCAGCUGUGGUUGAAGAGAUUGCUCCGAUCACCGAAGAGAAGCCAGCUGAGGAACCAGUUGCUGAUGAGGCUGCUCCAGUUGCUGAAGAGACUGUCCUCGAGCAAGUGAUUGCUGCCGUCGAACAAGUUCUCGAGCAACAACAAGAAGUUGUGUCCGAGGAGAAACCAGCCGAAGAAGUGCCAGCUGUGGUUGAAGAGAUUGCUCCGAUCACCGAAGAGAAGCCAGCUGAGGAACCAGUUGCUGAUGAGGCUGCUCCAGUUGCUGAAGAGACUGUCCUCGAGCAAGUGAUUGCCACAGUCGAACAAGUUCUCGAGCAACAACAAGAAGUUGUGUCCGAAGAGAAACCAGCCGAAGAAGUGCCAGCUGUGGUUGAAGAGAUUGCUCCGAUCACCGAAGAGAAGCCAGCUGAGGAACCAGUUGCUGAUGAGGCUGCUCCAGCUGCUGAAGAGACUGUCCUCGAGCAAGUGAUUGCUGCGGUCGAACAAGUUCUCGAGCAACAACAAGAAGUUGUGUCCGAAGAGAAACCAGCCGAAGAAGUGCCAGCUGUGGUUGAAGAGAUUGCUCCGAUCACCGAAGAGAAGCCAGCUGAGGAACCAGUUGCUGAUGAGGCUGCUCCAGUUGCUGAAGAGACUGUCCUCGAGCAAGUGAUUGCCGCGGUCGAACAAGUUCUCGAGCAACAACAAGAAGUUGUGUCCGAAGAGAAACCAGCCGAAGAAGUGCCAGCUGUGGUUGAAGAGAUUGCUCCGAUCACCGAAGAGAAGCCAGCUGAGGAACCAGUUGCUGAUGAGGCUGCUCCAGUUGCUGAAGAGACUGUCCUCGAGCAAGUGAUUGCCGCGGUCGAACAAGUUCUCGAGCAACAACAAGAAGUUGUGUCCGAGGAGAAACCAGCCGAAGAAGUGCCAGCUGUGGUUGAAGAGAUUGCUCCGAUCACCGAAGAGAAGCCAGCUGAGGAACCAGUUGCUGAUGAGGCUGCUCCAGUUGCUGAAGAGACUGUCCUCGAGCAAGUGAUUGCCGCCGUCGAACAAGUUCUCGAGCAACAACAAGAAGUUGUGUCCGAGGAGAAACCAGCCGAAGAAGUGCCAGCUGUGGUUGAAGAGAUUGCUCCGAUCACCGAAGAGAAGCCAGCUGAGGAACCAGUUGCUGAUGAGGCUGCUCCAGUUGCUGAAGAGACUGUCCUCGAGCAAGUGAUUGCCGCGGUCGAACAAGUUCUCGAGCAACAACAAGAAGUUGUGUCCGAGGAGAAACCAGCCGAAGAAGUGCCAGCUGUGGUUGAAGAGAUUGCUCCGAUCACCGAAGAGAAGCCAGCUGAGGAACCAGUUGCUGAUGAGGCUGCUCCAGUUGCUGAAGAGACUGUCCUCGAGCAAGUGAUUGCCGCGGUCGAACAAGUUCUCGAGCAACAACAAGAAGUUGUGUCCGAGGAGAAACCAGCCGAAGAAGUGCCAGCUGUGGUUGAAGAGAUUGCUCCGAUCACCGAAGAGAAGCCAGCUGAGGAACCAGUUGCUGAUGAGGCUGCUCCAGCUGCUGAAGAGACUGUCCUCGAGCAAGUGAUUGCCGCGGUCGAACAAGUUCUCGAGCAACAACAAGAAGUUGUGUCCGAGGAGAAACCAGCCGAAGAAGUGCCAGCUGUGGUUGAAGAGAUUGCUCCGAUCACCGAAGAGAAGCCAGCUGAGGAACCAGUUGCUGAUGAGGCUGCUCCAGUUGCUGAAGAGACUGUCCUCGAGCAAGUGAUUGCCGCGGUCGAACAAGUUCUCGAGCAACAACAAGAAGUUGUGUCCGAGGAGAAACCAGCCGAAGAAGUGCCAGCUGUGGUUGAAGAGAUUGCUCCGAUCACCGAAGAGAAGCCAGCUGAGGAACCAGUUGCUGAUGAGGCUGCUCCAGUUGCUGAAGAGACUGUCCUCGAGCAAGUGAUUGCCGCGGUCGAACAAGUUCUCGAGCAACAACAAGAAGUUGUGUCCGAGGAGAAACCAGCCGAAGAAGUGCCAGCUGUGGUUGAAGAGAUUGCUCCGAUCACCGAAGAGGAGCCAGCUGAGGAACCAGUUGCUGAUGAGGCUGCUCCAGUCUCUGAAGAGGCUGCUCCAGUUGCUGAAGAGACUGUCCUCGAGCAAGUGAUUGCCGCGGUCGAACAAGUUCUCGAGCAACAACAAGAAGUUGUGUCCGAAGAGAAACCAGCCGAAGAAGUGCCAGCUGUGGUUGAAGAGAUUGCUCCGAUCACCGAAGAGAAGCCAGCUGAGGAACCAGUUGCUGAUGAGGCUGCUCCAGUUGCUGAAGAGACUGUCCUCGAGCAAGUGAUUGCCGCGGUCGAACAAGCUCUCGAGCAACAACAAGAAGUUGUGUCCGAGGAGAAACCAGCCGAAGAAGUGCCAGCUGUGGUUGAAGAGAUUGCUCCGAUCACCGAAGAGAAGCCAGCUGAGGAACCAGUUGCUGAUGAGGCUGCUCCACAAGUGAUUGCCGCGGUCGAACAAGUUCUCGAGCAACAACAAGAAGUUGUGUCCGAGGAGAAACCAGCCGAAGAAGUGCCAGCUGUGGUUGAAGAGAUUGCUCCGAUCACCGAAGAGAAGCCAGCUGAGGAACCAGUUGCUGAUGAGGCUGCUCCAGUUGCUGAAGAGACUGUCCUCGAGCAAGUGAUUGCUGCGGUCGAACAAGUUCUCGAGCAACAACAAGAAGUUGUGUCCGAGGAGAAACCAGCCGAAGAAGUGCCAGCUGUGGUUGAAGAGAUUGCUCCGAUCACCGAAGAGAAGCCAGCUGAGGAACCAGUUGCUGAUGAGGCUGCUCCAGUUGCUGAAGAGACUGUCCUCGAGCAAGUGAUUGCCGCGGUCGAACAAGCUCUCGAGCAACAACAAGAAGUUGUGUCCGAGGAGAAACCAGCCGAAGAAGUGCCAGCUGUGGUUGAAGAGAUUGCUCCGAUCACCGAAGAGAAGCCAGCUGAGGAACCAGUUGCUGAUGAGGCUGCUCCAGUCUCUGAAGAGGCUGCUCCAGUUGCUGAAGAGACUGUCCUCGAGCAAGUGAUUGCCGCGGUCGAACAAGUUCUCGAGCAACAACAAGAAGUUGUGUCCGAAGAGAAACCAGCCGAAGAAGUGCCAGCUGUGGUUGAAGAGAUUGCUCCGAUCACCGAAGAGAAGCCAGCUGAGGAACCAGUUGCUGUUGAGGCUGCUCCAGUUGCUGAAGAGACUGUCCUCGAGCAAGUGAUUGCCGCGGUCGAACAAGUUCUCGAGCAACAACAAGAAGUUGUGUCCGAGGAGAAACCAGCCGAAGAAGUGCCAGCUGUGGUUGAAGAGAUUGCUCCGAUCACCGAAGAGAAGCCAGCUGAGGAACCAGUUGCUGAUGAGGCUGCUCCAGUCUCUGAAGAGGCUGCUCCAGUUGCUGAAGAGACUGUCCUCGAGCAAGUGAUUGCCGCGGUCGAACAAGCUCUCGAGCAACAACAAGAAGUUGUGUCCGAGGAGAAACCAGCCGAAGAAGUGCCAGCUGUGGUUGAAGAGAUUGCUCCGAUCACCGAAGAGAAGCCAGCUGAGGAACCAGUUGCUGAUGAGGCUGCUCCAGAAGUGAUUGCCGCGGUCGAACAAGCUCUCGAGCAACAACAAGAAGUUGUGUCCGAGGAGAAACCAGCCGAAGAAGUGCCAGCUGUGGUUGAAGAGAUUGCUCCGAUCACCGAAGAGAAGCCAGCUGAGGAACCAGUUGCUGAUGAGGCUGCUCCAGUUGCUGAAGAGACUGCCCUCGAGCAAGUGAUUGCCGCGGUCGAACAAGCUCUCGAGCAACAACAAGAAGUUGUGUCCGAGGAGAAACCAGCCGAAGAAGUGCCAGCUGUGGUUGAAGAGAUUGCUCCGAUCACCGAAGAGAAGCCAGCUGAGGAACCAGUUGCUGAUGAGGCUGCUCCAGUUGCUGAAGAGACGGUCCUCGAGCAAGUGAUUGCCGCGGUCGAACAAGCUCUCGAGCAACAACAAGAAGUUGUGUCCGAGGAGAAACCAGCCGAAGAAGUGCCAGCUGUGGUUGAAGAGAUUGCUCCGAUCACCGAAGAGAAGCCAGCUGAGGAACCAGUUGCUGAUGAGGCUGCUCCAGUUGCUGAAGAGACUGUCCCCGAGGAAGUGAUUGCCGCGGUCGAACAAGCUCUCGAGCAACAACAAGAAGUUGUGUCCGAGGAGAAACCAGCCGAAGAAGUGCCAGCUGUGGUUGAAGAGAUUGCUCCGAUCACCGAAGAGAAGCCAGCUGAGGAACCAGUUGCUGAUGAGGCUGCUCCAGUUGCUGAAGAGACUGCCCUCGAGCAAGUGAUUGCCGCGGUCGAACAAGCUCUCGAGCAACAACAAGAAGUUGUGUCCGAGGAGAAACCAGCCGAAGAAGUGCCAGCUGUGGUUGAAGAGAUUGCUCCGAUCACCGAAGAGAAGCCAGCUGAGGAACCAGUUGCUGAUGAGGCUGCUCCAGUUGCUGAAGAGACUGUCCUCGAGCAAGUGAUUCCUGCAGUCGAACAAGUUCUCGAGCAACAACAAGAAGUUGUGUCCGAGGAGAAACCAGCCGAAGAAGUGCCAGCUGUGGUUGAAGAGAUUGCUCCGAUCACCGAAGAGAAGCCAGCUGAGGAACCAGUUGCUGAUGAGGCUGCUCCAGUUGCUGAAGAGGCUGCUCCAGUUGCUGAAGAGACUGUCCCCGAGGAAGUGAUUGCCGCGGUCGAACAAGCUCUCGAGCAACAACAAGAAGUUGUGUCCGAGGAGAAACCAGCCGAAGAAGUGCCAGCUGUGGUUGAAGAGAUUGCUCCGAUCACCGAAGAGAAGCCAGCUGAGGAACCAGUUGCUGAUGAGGCUGCUCCAGUUGCUGAAGAGACUGCCCUCGAGCAAGUGAUUGCCGCGGUCGAACAAGCUCUCGAGCAACAACAAGAAGUUGUGUCCGAGGAGAAACCAGCCGAAGAAGUCCCAGCUGUGGUUGAAGAGAUUGCUCCGAUCACCGAAGAGAAGCCAGCUGAGGAACCAGUUGCUGAUGAGGCUGCUCCAGUUGCUGAAGAGACGGUCCUCGAGCAAGUGAUUGCCGCGGUCGAACAAGCUCUCGAGCAACAACAAGAAGUUGUGUCCGAGGAGAAACCAGCCGAAGAAGUGCCAGCUGUGGUUGAAGAGAUUGCUCCGAUCACCGAAGAGAAGCCAGCUGAGGAACCAGUUGCUGAUGAGGCUGCUCCAGUUGCUGAAGAGACUGUCCUCGAGCAAGUGAUUGCCGCGGUCGAACAAGCUCUCGAGCAACAACAAGAAGUUGUGUCCGAGGAGAAACCAGCCGAAGAAGUGCCAGCUGUGGUUGAAGAGAUUGCUCCGAUCACCGAAGAGAAGCCAGCUGAGGAACCAGUUGCUGAUGAGGCUGCUCCAGUUGCUGAAGAGGCUGCUCCAGUUGCUGAAGAGACUGUCCCCGAGGAAGUGAUUGCCGCGGUCGAACAAGCUCUCGAGCAACAACAAGAAGUUGUGUCCGAGGAGAAACCAGCCGAAGAAGUGCCAGCUGUGGUUGAAGAGAUUGCUCCGAUCACCGAAGAGAAGCCAGCUGAGGAACCAGUUGCUGAUGAGGCUGCUCCAGUUGCUGAAGAGACUGCCCUCGAGCAAGUGAUUGCCGCGGUCGAACAAGUUCUCGAGCAACAACAAGAAGUUGUGUCCGAGGAGAAACCAGCCGAAGAAGUGCCAGCUGUGGCUGAAGAGAUUGCUCCGAUCACCGAAGAGAAGCCAGCUGAGGAACCAGUUGCUGAUGAGGCUGCUCCAGUUGCUGAAGAGACUGUCUUCGAGCAAGUGAUUGCCGCGGUCGAACAAGUUCUCGAGCAACAACAAGAAGUUGUGUCCGAGGAGAAACCAGCCGAAGAAGUGCCAGCUGUGGUUGAAGAGAUUGCUCCGAUCACCGAAGAGAAGCCAGCUGAGGAACCAGUUGCUGAUGAGGCUGCUCCAGUUGCUGAAGAGACUGUCCUCGAGCAAGUGAUUGCCGCGGUCGAACAAGCUCUCGAGCAACAACAAGAAGUUGUGUCCGAGGAGAAACCAGCCGAAGAAGUGCCAGCUGUGGUUGAAGAGAUUGCUCCGAUCACCGAAGAGAAGCCAGCUGAGGAACCAGUUGCUGAUGAGGCUGCUCCAGUUGCUGAAGAGACUGUCCUCGAGCAAGUGAUUGCCGCGGUCGAACAAGCUCUCGAGCAACAACAAGAAGUUGUGUCCGAGGAGAAACCAGCCGAAGAAGUGCCAGCUGUGGUUGAAGAGAUUGCUCCGAUCACCGAAGAGAAGCCAGCUGAGGAACCAGUUGCUGAUGAGGCUGCUCCAGUUGCUGAAGAGACUGCCCUCGAGCAAGUGAUUGCCGCGGUCGAACAAGCUCUCGAGCAACAACAAGAAGUUGUGUCCGAGGAGAAACCAGCCGAAGAAGUGCCUGCUGUGGUUGAAGAGAUUGCUCCGAUCACCGAAGAGAAGCCAGCUGAGGAACCAGUUGCUGAUGAGGCUGCUCCAGUUGCUGAGGAGACUGUCCUCGAGCAAGUGAUUCCUGCAGUCGAACAAGUUCUCGAGCAACAACAAGAAGUUGUGUCCGAGGAGAAACCAGCCGAAGAAGUGCCAGCUGUGGUUGAAGAGAUUGCUCCGAUCACCGAAGAGAAGCCAGCUGAGGAACCAGUUGCUGAUGAGGCUGCUCCAGUUGCUGAAGAGGCUGCUCCAGUUGCUGAAGAGACUGUCCCCGAGGAAGUGAUUGCCGCGGUCGAACAAGCUCUCGAGCAACAACAAGAAGUUGUGCCCGAGGAGAAACCAGCCGAAGAAGUGCCAGCUGUGGUUGAAGAGAUUGCUCCGAUCACCGAAGAGAAGCCAGCUGAGGAACCAGUUGCUGAUGAGGCUGCUCCAGUUGCUGAAGAGACUGUCCUCGAGCAAGUGAUUGCCGCGGUCGAACAAGCUCUCGAGCAACAACAAGAAGUUGUGUCCGAGGAGAAACCAGCCGAAGAAGUGCCAGCUGUGGUUGAAGAGAUUGCUCCGAUCACCGAAGAGAAGCCAGCUGAGGAACCAGUUGCUGAUGAGGCUGCUCCAGUCUCUGAAGAGACUGUCCUCGAGCAAGUGAUUGCCGCGGUCGAACAAGCUCUCGAGCAACAACAAGAAGUUGUGUCCGAGGAGAAACCAGCCGAAGAAGUGCCAGCUGUGGUUGAAGAGAUUGCUCCGAUCACCGAAGAGAAGCCAGCUGAGGAACCAGUUGCUGAUGAGGCUGCUCCAGUUGCUGAAGAGGCUGCUCCAGUUGCUGAAGAGACUGUCCCCGAGGAAGUGAUUGCCGCGGUCGAACAAGCUCUCGAGCAACAACAAGAAGUUGUGUCCGAGGAGAAACCAGCCGAAGAAGUGCCAGCUGUGGUUGAAGAGAUUGCUCCGAUCACCGAAGAGAAGCCAGCUGAGGAACCAGUUGCUGAUGAGGCUGCUCCAGUUGCUGAAGAGACUGCCCUCGAGCAAGUGAUUGCCGCGGUCGAACAAGCUCUCGAGCAACAACAAGAAGUUGUGUCCGAGGAGAAACCAGCCGAAGAAGUGCCUGCUGUGGCUGAAGAGAUUGCUCCGAUCACCGAAGAGAAGCCAGCUGAGGAACCAGUUGCUGAUGAGGCUGCUCCAGUUGCUGAAGAGACUGUCCUCGAGCAAGUGAUUGCCGCGGUCGAACAAGCUCUCGAGCAACAACAAGAAGUUGUGUCCGAGGAGAAACCAGCCGAAGAAGUGCCAGCUGUGGUUGAAGAGAUUGCUCCGAUCACCGAAGAGAAGCCAGCUGAGGAACCAGUUGCUGAUGAGGCUGCUCCAGUUGCUGAAGAGACUGCCCUCGAGCAAGUGAUUGCCGCGGUCGAACAAGCUCUCGAGCAACAACAAGAAGUUGUGUCCGAGGAGAAACCAGCCGAAGAAGUGCCAGCUGUGGCUGAAGAGAUUGCUCCGAUCACCGAAGAGAAGCCAGCUGAGGAACCAGUUGCUGAUGAGGCUGCUCCAGUUGCUGAAGAGACUGUCCUCGAGCAAGUGAUUGCCGCGGUCGAACAAGCUCUCGAGCAACAACAAGAAGUUGUGUCCGAGGAGAAACCAGCCGAAGAAGUGCCAGCUGUGGUUGAAGAGAUUGCUCCGAUCACCGAAGAGAAGCCAGCUGAGGAACCAGUUGCUGAUGAGGCUGCUCCAGUUGCUGAAGAGACUGUCCUCGAGCAAGUGAUUGCCGCGGUCGAACAAGCUCUCGAGCAACAACAAGAAGUUGUGUCCGAGGAGAAACCAGCCGAAGAAGUGCCAGCUGUGGUUGAAGAGAUUGCUCCGAUCACCGAAGAGAAGCCAGCUGAGGAACCAGUUGCUGAUGAGGCUGCUCCAGUUGCUGAAGAGACUGUCCUCGAGCAAGUGAUUGCCGCGGUCGAACAAGCUCUCGAGCAACAACAAGAAGUUGUGUCCGAGGAGAAACCAGCCGAAGAAGUGCCAGCUGUGGUUGAAGAGAUUGCUCCGAUCACCGAAGAGAAGCCAGCUGAGGAACCAGUUGCUGAUGAGGCUGCUCCAGUCUCUGAAGAGACUGUCCUCGAGCAAGUGAUUGCCGCGGUCGAACAAGCUCUCGAGCAACAACAAGAAGUUGUGUCCGAGGAGAAACCAGCCGAAGAAGUGCCAGCUGUGGUUGAAGAGAUUGCUCCGAUCACCGAAGAGAAGCCAGCUGAGGAACCAGUUGCUGAUGAGGCUGCUCCAGUUGCUGAAGAGGCUGCUCCAGUUGCUGAAGAGACUGUCCCCGAGGAAGUGAUUGCCGCGGUCGAACAAGCUCUCGAGCAACAACAAGAAGUUGUGUCCGAGGAGAAACCAGCCGAAGAAGUGCCAGCUGUGGUUGAAGAGAUUGCUCCGAUCACCGAAGAGAAGCCAGCUGAGGAACCAGUUGCUGAUGAGGCUGCUCCAGUUGCUGAAGAGACUGCCCUCGAGCAAGUGAUUGCCGCGGUCGAACAAGCUCUCGAGCAACAACAAGAAGUUGUGUCCGAGGAGAAACCAGCCGAAGAAGUGCCUGCUGUGGUUGAAGAGAUUGCUCCGAUCACCGAAGAGAAGCCAGCUGAGGAACCAGUUGCUGAUGAGGCUGCUCCAGUUGCUGAAGAGACUGUCCUCGAGCAAGUGAUUGCCGCGGUCGAACAAGCUCUCGAGCAACAACAAGAAGUUGUGUCCGAGGAGAAACCAGCCGAAGAAGUGCCAGCUGUGGUUGAAGAGAUUGCUCCGAUCACCGAAGAGAAGCCAGCUGAGGAACCAGUUGCUGAUGAGGCUGCUCCAGUUGCUGAAGAGACUGUCCUCGAGCAAGUGAUUGCUGCAGUCGAACAAGUUCUCGAGCAACAACAAGAAGUUGUGUCCGAGGAGAAACCAGCCGAAGCAGUGCCUGCUGUGGUUGAAGAGAUUGCUCCGAUCACCGAAGAGAAGCCAGCUGAGGAACCAGUUGCUGAUGAGGCUGCUCCAGUUGCUGAAGAGACGGUCCUCGAGCAAGUGAUUGCCGCGGUCGAACAAGCUCUCGAGCAACAACAAGAAGUUGUGUCCGAGGAGAAACCAGCCGAAGAAGUGCCAGCUGUGGUUGAAGAGAUUGCUCCGAUCACCGAAGAGAAGCCAGCUGAGGAACCAGUUGCUGAUGAGGCUGCUCCAGUUGCUGAAGAGACUGCCCUCGAGCAAGUGAUUGCCGCGGUCGAACAAGCUCUCGAGCAACAACAAGAAGUUGUGUCCGAGGAGAAACCAGCCGAAGAAGUGCCUGCUGUGGCUGAAGAGAUUGCUCCGAUCACCGAAGAGAAGCCAGCUGAGGAACCAGUUGCUGAUGAGGCUGCUCCAGUUGCUGAAGAGACUGUCCUCGAGCAAGUGAUUGCCGCGGUCGAACAAGCUCUCGAGCAACAACAAGAAGUUGUGUCCGAGGAGAAACCAGCCGAAGAAGUGCCAGCUGUGGUUGAAGAGAUUGCUCCGAUCACCGAAGAGAAGCCAGCUGAGGAACCAGUUGCUGAUGAGGCUGCUCCAGUUGCUGAAGAGACUGUCCUCGAGCAAGUGAUUGCCGCGGUCGAACAAGCUCUCGAGCAACAACAAGAAGUUGUGUCCGAGGAGAAACCAGCCGAAGAAGUGCCAGCUGUGGUUGAAGAGAUUGCUCCGAUCACCGAAGAGAAGCCAGCUGAGGAACCAGUUGCUGAUGAGGCUGCUCCAGUUGCUGAAGAGACUGUCCUCGAGCAAGUGAUUGCCGCGGUCGAACAAGCUCUCGAGCAACAACAAGAAGUUGUGUCCGAGGAGAAACCAGCCGAAGAAGUGCCAGCUGUGGUUGAAGAGAUUGCUCCGAUCACCGAAGAGAAGCCAGCUGAGGAACCAGUUGCUGAUGAGGCUGCUCCAGUUGCUGAAGAGACUGUCCUCGAGCAAGUGAUUGCCGCGGUCGAACAAGCUCUCGAGCAACAACAAGAAGUUGUGUCCGAGGAGAAACCAGCCGAAGAAGUGCCAGCUGUGGUUGAAGAGAUUGCUCCGAUCACCGAAGAGAAGCCAGCUGAGGAACCAGUUGCUGAUGAGGCUGCUCCAGUCUCUGAAGAGACUGUCCUCGAGCAAGUGAUUGCCGCGGUCGAACAAGCUCUCGAGCAACAACAAGAAGUUGUGUCCGAGGAGAAACCAGCCGAAGAAGUGCCAGCUGUGGUUGAAGAGAUUGCUCCGAUCACCGAAGAGAAGCCAGCUGAGGAACCAGUUGCUGAUGAGGCUGCUCCAGUUGCUGAAGAGGCUGCUCCAGUUGCUGAAGAGACUGUCCCCGAGGAAGUGAUUGCCGCGGUCGAACAAGCUCUCGAGCAACAACAAGAAGUUGUGUCCGAGGAGAAACCAGCCGAAGAAGUGCCAGCUGUGGUUGAAGAGAUUGCUCCGAUCACCGAAGAGAAGCCAGCUGAGGAACCAGUUGCUGAUGAGGCUGCUCCAGUUGCUGAAGAGACUGCCCUCGAGCAAGUGAUUGCCGCGGUCGAACAAGCUCUCGAGCAACAACAAGAAGUUGUGUCCGAGGAGAAACCAGCCGAAGAAGUGCCUGCUGUGGUUGAAGAGAUUGCUCCGAUCACCGAAGAGAAGCCAGCUGAGGAACCAGUUGCUGAUGAGGCUGCUCCAGUUGCUGAAGAGACGGUCCUCGAGCAAGUGAUUGCCGCGGUCGAACAAGCUCUCGAGCAACAACAAGAAGUUGUGUCCGAGGAGAAACCAGCCGAAGAAGUGCCAGCUGUGGUUGAAGAGAUUGCUCCGAUCACCGAAGAGAAGCCAGCUGAGGAACCAGUUGCUGAUGAGGCUGCUCCAGUUGCUGAAGAGACUGUCCUCGAGCAAGUGAUUGCUGCAGUCGAACAAGUUCUCGAGCAACAACAAGAAGUUGUGUCCGAGGAGAAACCAGCCGAAGCAGUGCCUGCUGUGGUUGAAGAGAUUGCUCCGAUCACCGAAGAGAAGCCAGCUGAGGAACCAGUUGCUGAUGAGGCUGCUCCAGUUGCUGAAGAGACGGUCCUCGAGCAAGUGAUUGCCGCGGUCGAACAAGCUCUCGAGCAACAACAAGAAGUUGUGUCCGAGGAGAAACCAGCCGAAGAAGUGCCAGCUGUGGUUGAAGAGAUUGCUCCGAUCACCGAAGAGAAGCCAGCUGAGGAACCAGUUGCUGAUGAGGCUGCUCCAGUUGCUGAAGAGACUGCCCUCGAGCAAGUGAUUGCCGCGGUCGAACAAGCUCUCGAGCAACAACAAGAAGUUGUGUCCGAGGAGAAACCAGCCGAAGAAGUGCCUGCUGUGGCUGAAGAGAUUGCUCCGAUCACCGAAGAGAAGCCAGCUGAGGAACCAGUUGCUGAUGAGGCUGCUCCAGUUGCUGAAGAGACUGUCCUCGAGCAAGUGAUUGCCGCGGUCGAACAAGCUCUCGAGCAACAACAAGAAGUUGUGUCCGAGGAGAAACCAGCCGAAGAAGUGCCAGCUGUGGUUGAAGAGAUUGCUCCGAUCACCGAAGAGAAGCCAGCUGAGGAACCAGUUGCUGAUGAGGCUGCUCCAGUUGCUGAAGAGACUGUCCUCGAGCAAGUGAUUGCCGCGGUCGAACAAGCUCUCGAGCAACAACAAGAAGUUGUGUCCGAGGAGAAACCAGCCGAAGAAGUGCCAGCUGUGGUUGAAGAGAUUGCUCCGAUCACCGAAGAGAAGCCAGCUGAGGAACCAGUUGCUGAUGAGGCUGCUCCAGUUGCUGAAGAGACUGUCCUCGAGCAAGUGAUUGCCGCGGUCGAACAAGCUCUCGAGCAACAACAAGAAGUUGUGUCCGAGGAGAAACCAGCCGAAGAAGUGCCAGCUGUGGUUGAAGAGAUUGCUCCGAUCACCGAAGAGAAGCCAGCUGAGGAACCAGUUGCUGAUGAGGCUGCUCCAGUUGCUGAAGGGACUGUCCUCGAGCAAGUGAUUGCCGCGGUCGAACAAGCUCUCGAGCAACAACAAGAAGUUGUGUCCGAGGAGAAACCAGCCGAAGAAGUGCCAGCUGUGGUUGAAGAGAUUGCUCCGAUCACCGAAGAGAAGCCAGCUGAGGAACCAGUUGCUGAUGAGGCUGCUCCAGUUGCUGAUGAGGCUGCUCCAGUUGCUGAAGAGACUGUCCUCGAGCAAGUGAUUGCCGCGGUCGAACAAGCUCUCGAGCAACAACAAGAAGUUGUGUCCGAGGAGAAACCAGCCGAAGAAGUGCCAGCUGUGGUUGAAGAGAUUGCUCCGAUCACCGAAGAGAAGCCAGCUGAGGAACCAGUUGCUGAUGAGGCUGCUCCAGUUGCUGAAGAGACUGUCCUCGAGCAAGUGAUUGCCGCGGUCGAACAAGCUCUCGAGCAACAACAAGAAGUUGUGUCCGAGGAGAAACCAGCCGAAGAAGUGCCAGCUGUGGUUGAAGAGAUUGCUCCGAUCACCGGAGAGAAGCCAGCUGAGGAACCAGUUGCUGAUGAGGCUGCUCCAGUUGCUGAAGAGACUGUCCUCGAGCAAGUGAUUGCCGCGGUCGAACAAGCUCUCGAGCAACAACAAGAAGUUGUGUCCGAGGAGAAACCAGCCGAAGAAGUGCCAGCUGUGGUUGAAGAGAUUGCUCCGAUCACCGAAGAGAAGCCAGCUGAGGAACCAGUUGCUGAUGAGGCUGCUCCAGUUGCUGAAGAGACUGUCCUCGAGCAAGUGAUUGCCGCGGUCGAACAAGCUCUCGAGCAACAACAAGAAGUUGUGUCCGAGGAGAAACCAGCCGAAGAAGUGCCAGCUGUGGUUGAAGAGAUUGCUCCGAUCACCGAAGAGAAGCCAGCUGAGGAACCAGUUGCUGAUGAGGCUGCUCCAGUUGCUGAAGAGACUGUCCUCGAGCAAGUGAUUGCCGCGGUCGAACAAGCUCUCGAGCAACAACAAGAAGUUGUGUCCGAGGAGAAACCAGCCGAAGAAGUGCCAGCUGUGGUUGAAGAGAUUGCUCCGAUCACCGAAGAGAAGCCAGCUGAGGAACCAGUUGCUGAUGAGGCUGCUCCAGUUGCUGAAGAGACUGUCCUCGAGCAAGUGAUUGCCGCGGUCGAACAAGCUCUCGAGCAACAACAAGAAGUUGUGUCCGAGGAGAAACCAGCCGAAGAAGUGCCAGCUGUGGUUGAAGAGAUUGCUCCGAUCACCGAAGAGAAGCCAGCUGAGGAACCAGUUGCUGAUGAGGCUGCUCCAGUUGCUGAUGAGGCUGCUCCAGUUGCUGAAGAGACUGUCCUCGAGCAAGUGAUUGCCGCGGUCGAACAAGCUCUCGAGCAACAACAAGAAGUUGUGUCCGAGGAGAAACCAGCCGAAGAAGUGCCAGCUGUGGUUGAAGAGAUUGCUCCGAUCACCGAAGAGAAGCCAGCUGAGGAACCAGUUGCUGAUGAGGCUGCUCCAGUUGCUGAAGAGACUGUCCUCGAGCAAGUGAUUGCCGCGGUCGAACAAGCUCUCGAGCAACAACAAGAAGUUGUGUCCGAGGAGAAACCAGCCGAAGAAGUGCCAGCUGUGGUUGAAGAGAUUGCUCCGAUCACCGAAGAGAAGCCAGCUGAGGAACCAGUUGCUGAUGAGGCUGCUCCAGUUGCUGAUGAGGCUGCUCCAGUUGCUGAAGAGACUGUCCUCGAGCAAGUGAUUGCCGCGGUCGAACAAGCUCUCGAGCAACAACAAGAAGUUGUGUCCGAGGAGAAACCAGCCGAAGAAGUGCCAGCUGUGGUUGAAGAGAUUGCUCCGAUCACCGAAGAGAAGCCAGCUGAGGAACCAGUUGCUGAUGAGGCUGCUCCAGUUGCUGAAGAGACUGUCCUCGAGCAAGUGAUUGCCGCGGUCGAACAAGCUCUCGAGCAACAACAAGAAGUUGUGUCCGAGGAGAAACCAGCCGAAGAAGUGCCAGCUGUGGUUGAAGAGAUUGCUCCGAUCACCGGAGAGAAGCCAGCUGAGGAACCAGUUGCUGAUGAGGCUGCUCCAGUUGCUGAAGAGACUGUCCUCGAGCAAGUGAUUGCCGCGGUCGAACAAGCUCUCGAGCAACAACAAGAAGUUGUGUCCGAGGAGAAACCAGCCGAAGAAGUGCCAGCUGUGGUUGAAGAGAUUGCUCCGAUCACCGAAGAGAAGCCAGCUGAGGAACCAGUUGCUGAUGAGGCUGCUCCAGUUGCUGAAGAGACUGUCCUCGAGCAAGUGAUUGCCGCGGUCGAACAAGCUCUCGAGCAACAACAAGAAGUUGUGUCCGAGGAGAAACCAGCCGAAGAAGUGCCAGCUGUGGUUGAAGAGAUUGCUCCGAUCACCGAAGAGAAGCCAGCUGAGGAACCAGUUGCUGAUGAGGCUGCUCCAGUUGCUGAAGAGACUGUCCUCGAGCAAGUGAUUGCCGCGGUCGAACAAGCUCUCGAGCAACAACAAGAAGUUGUGUCCGAGGAGAAACCAGCCGAAGAAGUGCCAGCUGUGGUUGAAGAGAUUGCUCCGAUCACCGAAGAGAAGCCAGCUGAGGAACCAGUUGCUGAUGAGGCUGCUCCAGUUGCUGAAGAGACUGUCCUCGAGCAAGUGAUUGCCGCGGUCGAACAAGCUCUCGAGCAACAACAAGAAGUUGUGUCCGAGGAGAAACCAGCCGAAGAAGUGCCAGCUGUGGUUGAAGAGAUUGCUCCGAUCACCGAAGAGAAGCCAGCUGAGGAACCAGUUGCUGAUGAGGCUGCUCCAGUUGCUGAUGAGGCUGCUCCAGUUGCUGAAGAGACUGUCCUCGAGCAAGUGAUUGCCGCGGUCGAACAAGCUCUCGAGCAACAACAAGAAGUUGUGUCCGAGGAGAAACCAGCCGAAGAAGUGCCAGCUGUGGUUGAAGAGAUUGCUCCGAUCACCGAAGAGAAGCCAGCUGAGGAACCAGUUGCUGAUGAGGCUGCUCCAGUUGCUGAAGAGACUGUCCUCGAGCAAGUGAUUGCCGCGGUCGAACAAGCUCUCGAGCAACAACAAGAAGUUGUGUCCGAGGAGAAACCAGCCGAAGAAGUGCCAGCUGUGGUUGAAGAGAUUGCUCCGAUCACCGAAGAGAAGCCAGCUGAGGAACCAGUUGCUGAUGAGGCUGCUCCAGUUGCUGAAGAGACUGUCCUCGAGCAAGUGAUUGCCGCGGUCGAACAAGCUCUCGAGCAACAACAAGAAGUUGUGUCCGAGGAGAAACCAGCCGAAGAAGUGCCAGCUGUGGUUGAAGAGAUUGCUCCGAUCACCGAAGAGAAGCCAGCUGAGGAACCAGUUGCUGAUGAGGCUGCUCCAGUUGCUGAAGAGGCUGCUCCAGUUGCUGAAGAGACUGUCCCCGAGGAAGUGAUUGCCGCGGUCGAACAAGCUCUCGAGCAACAACAAGAAGUUGUGUCCGAGGAGAAACCAGCCGAAGAAGUGCCAGCUGUGGUUGAAGAGAUUGCUCCGAUCACCGAAGAGAAGCCAGCUGAGGAACCAGUUGCUGAUGAGGCUGCUCCAGUUGCUGAAGAGACUGCCCUCGAGCAAGUGAUUGCCGCGGUCGAACAAGCUCUCGAGCAACAACAAGAAGUUGUGUCCGAGGAGAAACCAGCCGAAGUAGUGCCUGCUGUGGCUGAAGAGAUUGCUCCGAUCACCGAAGAGAAGCCAGCUGAGGAACCAGUUGCUGAUGAGGCUGCUCCAGUUGCUGAAGAGACUGUCCUCGAGCAAGUGAUUGCCGCGGUCGAACAAGCUCUCGAGCAACAACAAGAAGUUGUGUCCGAGGAGAAACCAGCCGAAGAAGUGCCAGCUGUGGUUGAAGAGAUUGCUCCGAUCACCGAAGAGAAGCCAGCUGAGGAACCAGUUGCUGAUGAGGCUGCUCCAGUCUCUGAAGCGGCUGCUCCAGUUGUUGAAGAGACUGUCCCCGAGCAAGUGAUUGCUGCCGUCGAACAAGUUCUCGAGCAACAACAAGAAGUUGUGUCCGAAGAGAAACCAGCCGAAGAAGUGCCAGCUGUGGUUGAAGAGAUUGCUCCGAUCACCGAAGAGAAGCCAGCUGAGGAACCAGUUGCUGAUGAGGCUGCUCCAGUCUCUGAAGCGGCUGCUCCAGUUGUUGAAGAGACUGUCCCCGAGCAAGUGAUUGCUGCCGUCGAACAAGUUCUCGAGCAACAACAAGAAGUUGUGUCCGAAGAGAAACCAGCCGAAGAAGUGCCAGCUGUGGUUGAAGAGAUUGCUCCGAUCACCGAAGAGAAGCCAGCUGAGGAACCAGUUGCUGAAGAGACUGUCCUCGAGCAAGUGAUUGCCGCGGUCGAACAAGCUCUCGAGCAACAACAAGAAGUUGUGUCCGAGGAGAAACCAGCCGAAGAAGUGCCAGCUGUGGUUGAAGAGAUUGCUCCGAUCACCGAAGAGAAGCCAGCUGAGGAACCAGUUGCUGAUGAGGCUGCUCCAGUCUCUGAAGAGGCUGCUCCAGUUGCUGAAGAGACUGUCCUUGAGCAAGUGAUUGCCGCGGUCGAACAAGCUCUCGAGCAACAACAAGAAGUUGUGUCCGAGGAGAAACCAGCCGAAGAAGUGCCAGCUGUGGUUGAAGAGAUUGCUCCGAUCACCGAAGAGAAGCCAGCUGAGGAACCAGUUGCUGAUGAGGCUGCUCCAGUUGCUGAAGAGACUGUCCUCGAGCAAGUGAUUGCCGCGGUCGAACAAGCUCUCGAGCAACAACAAGAAGUUGUGUCCGAGGAGAAACCAGCCGAAGAAGUGCCAGCUGUGGUUGAAGAGAUUGCUCCGAUCACCGAAGAGAAGCCAGCUGAGGAACCAGUUGCUGAUGAGGCUGCUCCAGUUGCUGAUGAGGCUGCUCCAGUUGCUGAAGAGACUGUCCUCGAGCAAGUGAUUGCCGCGGUCGAACAAGCUCUCGAGCAACAACAAGAAGUUGUGUCCGAGGAGAAACCAGCCGAAGAAGUGCCAGCUGUGGUUGAAGAGAUUGCUCCGAUCACCGAAGAGAAGCCAGCUGAGGAACCAGUUGCUGAUGAGGCUGCUCCAGUUGCUGAAGAGACUGUCCUCGAGCAAGUGAUUGCCGCGGUCGAACAAGCUCUCGAGCAACAACAAGAAGUUGUGUCCGAGGAGAAACCAGCCGAAGAAGUGCCAGCUGUGGUUGAAGAGAUUGCUCCGAUCACCGAAGAGAAGCCAGCUGAGGAACCAGUUGCUGAUGAGGCUGCUCCAGUUGCUGAAGAGACUGCCCUCGAGCAAGUGAUUGCCGCGGUCGAACAAGCUCUCGAGCAACAACAAGAAGUUGUGUCCGAGGAGAAACCAGCCGAAGAAGUCCCUGCUGUGGUUGAAGAGAUUGCUCCGAUCACCGAAGAGAAGCCAGCUGAGGAACCAGUUGCUGAUGAGGCUGCUCCAGUUGCUGAAGAGACGGUCCUCGAGCAAGUGAUUGCCGCGGUCGAACAAGCUCUCGAGCAACAACAAGAAGUUGUGUCCGAGGAGAAACCAGCCGAAGAAGUGCCAGCUGUGGUUGAAGAGAUUGCUCCGAUCACCGGAGAGAAGCCAGCUGAGGAACCAGUUGCUGAUGAGGCUGCUCCAGUUGCUGAAGAGACUGUCCUCGAGCAAGUGAUUGCCGCGGUCGAACAAGCUCUCGAGCAACAACAAGAAGUUGUGUCCGAGGAGAAACCAGCCGAAGAAGUGCCAGCUGUGGUUGAAGAGAUUGCUCCGAUCACCGAAGAGAAGCCAGCUGAGGAACCAGUUGCUGAUGAGGCUGCUCCAGUUGCUGAAGAGACUGUCCUCGAGCAAGUGAUUGCCGCGGUCGAACAAGCUCUCGAGCAACAACAAGAAGUUGUGUCCGAGGAGAAACCAGCCGAAGAAGUGCCAGCUGUGCUGAGGAACCAGUUGCUGAUGAGGGCUGCUCCAGUUGCUGAAGAGACUGUCCUCGAGCAAGUGAUUGCCGCGGUCGAACAAGCUCUCGAGCAACAACAAGAAGUUGUGUCCGAGGAGAAACCAGCCGAAGAAGUGCCAGCUGUGGUUGAAGAGAUUGCUCCGAUCACCGAAGAGAAGCCAGCUGAGGAACCAGUUGCUGAUGAGGCUGCUCCAGUUGCUGAAGAGACUGUCCUCGAGCAAGUGAUUGCCGCGGUCGAACAAGCUCUCGAGCAACAACAAGAAGUUGUGUCCGAGGAGAAACCAGCCGAAGAAGUGCCAGCUGUGGUUGAAGAGAUUGCUCCGAUCACCGAAGAGAAGCCAGCUGAGGAACCAGUUGCUGAUGAGGCUGCUCCAGUUGCUGAUGAGGCUGCUCCAGUUGCUGAAGAGACUGUCCUCGAGCAAGUGAUUGCCGCGGUCGAACAAGCUCUCGAGCAACAACAAGAAGUUGUGUCCGAGGAGAAACCAGCCGAAGAAGUGCCAGCUGUGGUUGAAGAGAUUGCUCCGAUCACCGAAGAGAAGCCAGCUGAGGAACCAGUUGCUGAUGAGGCUGCUCCAGUUGCUGAAGAGACUGUCCUCGAGCAAGUGAUUGCCGCGGUCGAACAAGCUCUCGAGCAACAACAAGAAGUUGUGUCCGAGGAGAAACCAGCCGAAGAAGUGCCAGCUGUGGUUGAAGAGAUUGCUCCGAUCACCGAAGAGAAGCCAGCUGAGGAACCAGUUGCUGAUGAGGCUGCUCCAGUUGCUGAAGAGACUGUCCUCGAGCAAGUGAUUGCCGCGGUCGAACAAGCUCUCGAGCAACAACAAGAAGUUGUGUCCGAGGAGAAACCAGCCGAAGAAGUGCCAGCUGUGGUUGAAGAGAUUGCUCCGAUCACCGAAGAGAAGCCAGCUGAGGAACCAGUUGCUGAUGAGGCUGCUCCAGUUGCUGAAGAGGCUGCUCCAGUUGCUGAAGAGACUGUCCCCGAGGAAGUGAUUGCCGCGGUCGAACAAGCUCUCGAGCAACAACAAGAAGUUGUGUCCGAGGAGAAACCAGCCGAAGAAGUGCCAGCUGUGGUUGAAGAGAUUGCUCCGAUCACCGAAGAGAAGCCAGCUGAGGAACCAGUUGCUGAUGAGGCUGCUCCAGUUGCUGAAGAGACUGCCCUCGAGCAAGUGAUUGCCGCGGUCGAACAAGCUCUCGAGCAACAACAAGAAGUUGUGUCCGAGGAGAAACCAGCCGAAGUAGUGCCUGCUGUGGCUGAAGAGAUUGCUCCGAUCACCGAAGAGAAGCCAGCUGAGGAACCAGUUGCUGAUGAGGCUGCUCCAGUUGCUGAAGAGACUGUCCUCGAGCAAGUGAUUGCCGCGGUCGAACAAGCUCUCGAGCAACAACAAGAAGUUGUGUCCGAGGAGAAACCAGCCGAAGAAGUGCCAGCUGUGGUUGAAGAGAUUGCUCCGAUCACCGAAGAGAAGCCAGCUGAGGAACCAGUUGCUGAUGAGGCUGCUCCAGUUGCUGAAGAGACUGUCCUCGAGCAAGUGAUUGCCGCGGUCGAACAAGCUCUCGAGCAACAACAAGAAGUUGUGUCCGAGGAGAAACCAGCCGAAGAAGUGCCAGCUGUGGUUGAAGAGAUUGCUCCGAUCACCGAAGAGAAGCCAGCUGAGGAACCAGUUGCUGAUGAGGCUGCUCCAGUUGCUGAAGAGACUGUCCUCGAGCAAGUGAUUGCCGCGGUCGAACAAGCUCUCGAGCAACAACAAGAAGUUGUGUCCGAGGAGAAACCAGCCGAAGAAGUGCCAGCUGUGGUUGAAGAGAUUGCUCCGAUCACCGAAGAGAAGCCAGCUGAGGAACCAGUUGCUGAUGAGGCUGCUCCAGUUGCUGAAGAGACUGUCCUCGAGCAAGUGAUUGCCGCGGUCGAACAAGCUCUCGAGCAACAACAAGAAGUUGUGUCCGAGGAGAAACCAGCCGAAGAAGUGCCAGCUGUGGUUGAAGAGAUUGCUCCGAUCACCGAAGAGAAGCCAGCUGAGGAACCAGUUGCUGAUGAGGCUGCUCCAGUUGCUGAAGAGGCUGCUCCAGUUGCUGAAGAGACUGUCCCCGAGGAAGUGAUUGCCGCGGUCGAACAAGCUCUCGAGCAACAACAAGAAGUUGUGUCCGAGGAGAAACCAGCCGAAGAAGUGCCAGCUGUGGUUGAAGAGAUUGCUCCGAUCACCGAAGAGAAGCCAGCUGAGGAACCAGUUGCUGAUGAGGCUGCUCCAGUUGCUGAAGAGACUGCCCUCGAGCAAGUGAUUGCCGCGGUCGAACAAGCUCUCGAGCAACAACAAGAAGUUGUGUCCGAGGAGAAACCAGCCGAAGUAGUGCCUGCUGUGGCUGAAGAGAUUGCUCCGAUCACCGAAGAGAAGCCAGCUGAGGAACCAGUUGCUGAUGAGGCUGCUCCAGUUGCUGAAGAGACUGUCCUCGAGCAAGUGAUUGCCGCGGUCGAACAAGCUCUCGAGCAACAACAAGAAGUUGUGUCCGAGGAGAAACCAGCCGAAGAAGUGCCAGCUGUGGUUGAAGAGAUUGCUCCGAUCACCGAAGAGAAGCCAGCUGAGGAACCAGUUGCUGAUGAGGCUGCUCCAGUCUCUGAAGCGGCUGCUCCAGUUGUUGAAGAGACUGUCCCCGAGCAAGUGAUUGCUGCCGUCGAACAAGUUCUCGAGCAACAACAAGAAGUUGUGUCCGAAGAGAAACCAGCCGAAGAAGUGCCAGCUGUGGUUGAAGAGAUUGCUCCGAUCACCGAAGAGAAGCCAGCUGAGGAACCAGUUGCUGAUGAGGCUGCUCCAGUUGCUGAAGAGACUGUCCUCGAGCAAGUGAUUGCCGCGGUCGAACAAGCUCUCGAGCAACAACAAGAAGUUGUGUCCGAGGAGAAACCAGCCGAAGAAGUGCCAGCUGUGGUUGAAGAGAUUGCUCCGAUCACCGAAGAGAAGCCAGCUGAGGAACCAGUUGCUGAUGAGGCUGCUCCAGUCUCUGAAGCGGCUGCUCCAGUUGUUGAAGAGACUGUCCCCGAGCAAGUGAUUGCUGCCGUCGAACAAGUUCUCGAGCAACAACAAGAAGUUGUGUCCGAAGAGAAACCAGCCGAAGAAGUGCCAGCUGUGGUUGAAGAGAUUGCUCCGAUCACCGAAGAGAAGCCAGCUGAGGAACCAGUUGCUGAAGAGACUGUCCUCGAGCAAGUUAUUGCCGCGGUCGAACAAGCUCUCGAGCAACAACAAGAAGUUGUGUCCGAGGAGAAACCAGCCGAAGAAGUGCCAGCUGUGGUUGAAGAGAUUGCUCCGAUCACCGAAGAGAAGCCAGCUGAGGAACCAGUUGCUAAUGAGGCUGCUCCAGUCUCUGAAGAGGCUGCUCCAGUUGUUGAAGAGACUGUCCCCGAGCAAGUGAUUGCUGCCGUCGAACAAGUUCUCGAGCAACAACAAGAAGUUGUGUCCGAAGAGAAACCAGCCGAAGAAGUGCCAGCUGUGGUUGAAGAGAUUGCUCCGAUCACCGAAGAGAAGCCAGCUGAGGAACCAGUUGCUGAUGAGGCUGCUCCAGUUGCUGAAGAGACUGUCCUCGAGCAAGUGAUUGCCGCGGUCGAACAAGCUCUCGAGCAACAACAAGAAGUUGUGUCCGAGGAGAAACCAGCCGAAGAAGUGCCAGCUGUGGUUGAAGAGAUUGCUCCGAUCACCGAAGAGAAGCCAGCUGAGGAACCAGUUGCUGAUGAGGCUGCUCCAGUUGCUGAAGAGACUGUCCUCGAGCAAGUGAUUGCUGCAGUCGAACAAGUUCUCGAGCAACAACAAGAAGUUGUGUCCGAGGAGAAACCAGCCGAAGAAGUGCCUGCUGUGGUUGAAGAGAUUGCUCCGAUCACCGAAGAGAAGCCAGCUGAGGAACCAGUUGCUGAUGAGGCUGCUCCAGUCUCUGAAGAGACUGUCCUCGAGCAAGUGAUUGCCGCGGUCGAACAAGCUCUGGAGCAACAACAAGAAGUUGUGUCCGAGGAGAAACCAGCCCAAGAAGUGCCAGCUGUGGUUGAAGAGAUUGCUCCGAUCACCGAAGAGAAGCCAGCUGAGGAACCAGUUGCUGAUGAGGCUGCUCCAGUUGCUGAAGAGACUGUCCUCGAGCAAGUGAUUGCCGCGGUCGAACAAGAUCUCGAGCAACAACAAGAAGUUGUGUCCGAGGAGAAACCAGCCGAAGAAGUGCCAGCUGUGGUUGAAGAGAUUGCUCCGAUCACCGAAGAGAAGCCAGCUGAGGAACCAGUUGCUGAUGAGGCUGCUCCAGUCUCUGAAGAGGCUGCUCCAGUUGUUGAAGAGACUGUCCCCGAGCAAGUGAUUGCUGCCGUCGAACAAGUUCUCGAGCAACAACAAGAAGUUGUGUCCGAAGAGAAACCAGCCGAAGACGUGCCAGCUGUGGUUGAAGAGAUUGCUCCGAUCACCGAAGAGAAGCCAGCUGAGGAACCAGUUGCUGAUGAGGCUGCUCCAGUUGCUGAAGAGACUGUCCUCGAGCAAGUGAUUGCCGCGGUCGAACAAGCUCUCGAGCAACAACAAGAAGUUGUGUCCGAGGAGAAACCAGCCGAAGAAGUGCCAGCUGUGGUUGAAGAGAUUGCUCCGAUCACCGAAGAGAAGCCAGCUGAGGAACCAGUUGCUGAUGAGGCUGCUCCAGUUGCUGAAGAGACUGUCCUCGAGCAAGUGAUUGCUGCAGUCGAACAAGUUCUCGAGCAACAACAAGAAGUUGUGUCCGAGGAGAAACCAGCCGAAGAAGUGCCUGCUGUGGUUGAAGAGAUUGCUCCGAUCACCGAAGAGAAGCCAGCUGAGGAACCAGUUGCUGAUGAGGCUGCUCCAGUCUCUGAAGAGACUGUCCUCGAGCAAGUGAUUGCCGCGGUCGAACAAGCUCUCGAGCAACAACAAGAAGUUGUGUCCGAGGAGAAACCAGCCGAAGAAGUGCCAGCUGUGGUUGAAGAGAUUGCUCCGAUCACCGAAGAGAAGCCAGCUGAGGAACCAGUUGCUGAUGAGGCUGCUCCAGUCUCUGAAGAGACUGUCCCCGAGGAAGUGAUUGCCGCGGUCGAACAAGCUCUCGAGCAACAACAAGAAGUUGUGUCCGAGGAGAAACCAGCCCAAGAAGUGCCAGCUGUGGUUGAAGAGAUUGCUCCGAUCACCGAAGAGAAGCCAGCUGAGGAACCAGUUGCUGAUGAGGCUGCUCCAGUCUCUGAAGAGACUGUCCUCGAGCAAGUGAUUGCCGCGGUCGAACAAGCUCUCGAGCAACAACAAGAAGUUGUGUCCGAGGAGAAACCAGCCCAAGAAGUGCCAGCUGUGGUUGAAGAGAUUGCUCCGAUCACCGAAGAGAAGCCAGCUGAGGAACCAGUUGCUGAUGAGGCUGCUCCAGUUGCUGAAGAGACUGUCCUCGAGCAAGUGAUUGCUGCGGUCGAACAAGUUCUCGAGCAACAACAAGAAGUUGUGUCCGAGGAGAAACCAGCCGAAGAAGUGCCAGCUGUGGUUGAAGAGAUUGCUCCGAUCACCGAAGAGAAGCCAGCUGAGGAACCAGUUGCUGAUGAGGCUGCUCCAGUUGCUGAAGAGACUGUCCUCGAGCAAGUGAUUGCCGCGGUCGAACAAGCUCUCGAGCAACAACAAGAAGUUGUGUCCGAGGAGAAACCAGCCGAAGAAGUGCCAGCUGUGGUUGAAGAGAUUGCUCCGAUCACCGAAGAGAAGCCAGCUGAGGAACCAGUUGCUGAUGAGGCUGCUCCAGUUGCUGAAGAGACUGUCCUCGAGCAAGUGAUUGCCGCGGUCGAACAAGUUCUCGAGCAACAACAAGAAGUUGUGUCCGAGGAGAAACCAGCCGAAGAAGUGCCAGCUGUGGUUGAAGAGAUUGCUCCGAUCACCGAAGAGAAGCCAGCUGAGGAACCAGUUGCUGAUGAGGCUGCUCCAGUUGCUGAAGAGACUGUCCUCGAGCAAGUGAUUGCUGCGGUCGAACAAGUUCUCGAGCAACAACAAGAAGUUGUGUCCGAGGAGAAACCAGCCGAAGAAGUGCCAGCUGUGGUUGAAGAGAUUGCUCCGAUCACCGAAGAGAAGCCAGCUGAGGAACCAGUUGCUGAUGAGGCUGCUCCAGUUGCUGAAGAGACUGUCCUCGAGCAAGUGAUUGCCGCGGUCGAACAAGUUCUCGAGCAACAACAAGAAGUUGUGUCCGAGGAGAAACCAGCCGAAGAAGUGCCAGCUGUGGUUGAAGAGAUUGCUCCGAUCACCGAAGAGAAGCCAGCUGAGGAACCAGUUGCUGAUGAGGCUGCUCCAGUUGCUGAAGAGACUGUCCUCGAGCAAGUGAUUGCCGCGGUCGAACAAGUUCUCGAGCAACAACAAGAAGUUGUGUCCGAGGAGAAACCAGCCGAAGAAGUGCCAGCUGUGGUUGAAGAGAUUGCUCCGAUCACCGAAGAGAAGCCAGCUGAGGAACCAGUUGCUGAUGAGGCUGCUCCAGUUGCUGAAGAGACUGUCCUCGAGCAAGUGAUUGCCGCGGUCGAACAAGCUCUCGAGCAACAACAAGAAGUUGUGUCCGAGGAGAAACCAGCCGAAGAAGGGCCUGCUGUGGUUGAAGAGAGAGAGAAGCCAGCUGAGGAACCAGUUGCUGAUUUCGUUCGCUCUGUGCGAUCAAUUGAGAUGAAGGAACCUGUACAGCCUAGCAAGGAUAAACAAGACUAUGAAGGAUGGCUUCCACAAGUGACGGAGCUUGGUCUGGUCGAGUCGUUCUCGUCAAACAGAUCUUUGACGCCAGUCCUUCCUUUAGUGAAAACCGCUGCUUCAAGUAGUGUCACGACGAGCUUUGUCCCCACGAAAAACGUCAGCACCUCAUGUUCAUUCACAAUUGGUUCUCCAAAUAUAAAGCCUGCCUCAAGAGUUAAGGAAGUCACAGUCGCUUGGAAGCCGACAAAGUCGAUUCAUUCUGACGAACCAGCCGUUCAGGAGGGGUCAGAAUACGGUCGUGGAUCAUUCAAAGUCAAACGUGACGCAGCAUUCACAACUCGCACCGGCAAGCCUUGGCCAAAGAGAUGUCGUUGUAUCGUGAUGGACGUGAUCCUGAUGGCCGGCGAGCACAGAGCCGGGGCCACCGUUCGCAUCGCACCUCGGAAAUACUACAACAAAGAA